AUGGGCAGCCAGAAACGGAUCGCAAAGGAGCUCGCCGAGCUCAUGGAGUCGCCCCCCGCCGGGAUCUCCGUGCAGCUGGCCGACGAGUCCAAUCUCUACGAAUGGAAAGUCUACAUGGAAGGGCCCGAGGGGUCACCAUACCACAACGGCAAAUUCCUCGUCAAGCUCACCCUCCCCACCGAAUACCCGUUCAAGCCGCCGACGGUCUCGUUCGCGACCAAGAUCUACCACCCCAACGUCACCAACGACGACAAGGGCAGCAUGUGUCUGGGGAUGCUGCGGCCGGACGAGUGGAAGCCUAGCUCGCGGAUCGCGGCCGUGCUGCAGUUUGCGCGGCAGCUGCUCGACGAGCCCAUGCCGGACGAUGCGGUCGAGGGCCGCAUCGCAGAGCAGUAUAAGAACGACCGGCCGCGGUAUGAGGAGAUCGCGAGGGAGUGGACGAGGAAGUUUGCGACGGAGGAGAAGGCGUGA